CUUUGUUGUGCAGAUCCAUUCGCUGCAACUAUCGUAGGAAGUUUUGCUGCUCAUGUACAACCAUGGAGCGGCUUUCAAUCUUCGCUAGUAGUGGUUGAGGGUGACGGGACGAGCUUUAUUGAAGAUGAUGAUCUAAAAGAGUGGCUUGGGCGCCAUAUGUCAGGGGACAGCUUGAAAGUUAAUAAAAAGGAGGAUGUAAUAUUUUUCAAGCUAAAAUUGGCUGACGUCGAACCGCUAAAAACAGAGGAAGAUUUUAUAGACCUUUUUGGUCCUAUCUUUCAUUAUCUGGGUGUUGUCACAAUAGAUAUUUCUCUCCAUCGACACUGCGCCUUUUUAAAUGAAUCUCUUGAUGAAAUAGAUGAUAUUUAUCAGAAGUUCCUAAAUUACACCAAAAGUCUGGCUUUUUCUUACGAAUUUUUGCGCCGUCGGUCUUUCCUGGACAACAACGCAAAUGUGCCAGAUAUUGACAGUGGGACGUUACCAUUUAACGUCCAUGUUCAACGUUGUGGUCAAAACAACGAGUUUGAUGCAACCUUACUUUGUUCUAAUGAAGAGACAUUUGAAGUUUUCUCUAGAACAUUCAAGGAAGAAAAGCAAAUUGCACAGUUGUCCCGUAUUUGUAAGCGAGAGAUGGUGGUAAAUUUCGAACCUCGUGUAAGAUUAGGAGUUUUGGUAAGCAGAGAGUUACUAGUCGCUGUUAAAGACGAUUUGGUUGAAAUGGAUCAUAAAUUUCGUUUGAAAAGAUGGGCAAGGAUCGCCUUAAAAGAGGCCCCUUGUAAACUUGUUGCGUUAUUUGUUGAUGCGGAGGAAGUGAAGCUUUAUCCUGUAAAAAUUUGGUCUCUUGCCUUGAACAAGUUUCGAGAUCCCUACUACUUGACUGGACCAUCAAAGCAUAAAAAUGAGUUCCGAUUGAAACUCUUAGAAUUGUCUAGAUCAAUAUCUUGCUUACAGCUUUCUCAUACGUUUCAAGUUGGUAGUUUCCCUCUUGAAUGUGCCGGGUGCCAGACAAAGUUUUCAGUAGGUGAUCUGAAGAAUAUUUUUUUGGAAGAUGAAAAAAAGUCUCAAACAGCAAGGUUUUGGCAUCCUUUGGCUCAAGCGGUAUUGAAAUAUUUCAUUAGUAGGAAUUCGGAUAAAUUUUUUUACUGCCCAACGCCGGAUUGUUUAGGAGUUUAUAAGCGGUUUGAAAAAGGGACUGCUUCAAAAUGCUUGCUCUGUGGGAAGCUGCGGUGUUCCCAUUGCGGCGAAGAUCAUAAAGGGCUUUCUUGUGCAAACCUUAAGUCUUUAAAAGGCAAACUAGAUUCUUCUCUCUCUCACUGGUUAAGGUAUUAUUUUACAGCUUUUGUUUCCUUAGUUAGAGUGCACUUCAGUGAAGAUUUGCGGUCUCGAAGACUUUGUCCAAAUUGUCAGUCUCCUAUAGAAAAGGUUGGGGGCUGUUAUCAUAUGGAAUGCCCAGUGUGUAAGAAGCACUUCUGUUGGGUUUGCCUAUUCUCGGCUGAGACGUCUGGUCGUGUAUAUGAGCAUACAGAAAGUGUUCAUAAGACCUGUGGAGUCGAUCUGCAGCUCCUUAUCAAUGAAGUAUAUCAGUGGGACGGUUCUCAGUUGUACAUCCCGGCUUUUGAAGACUUGCUGCUCGAUGAUAAUUUGAAGGCCGAUUACUGGCGUAAAAAUGGAUUGUGA